GUUUUGAUUUUCCGAGCAAUGCUGUCAGUACUUAAAGUUAAUUCAUGUACAACACGAUACUAAGCCUUACAAAUUUAUUUUUGUAUUUCUUCUUGUUUGGAUUCACGCUAAAGUUCGAAAUUCGCCAUGUUCAAGUUCAGAGACAUUAUAUAUUUUGUUCUUCUCAUGGGACUGCACGUCUGCGCGGUGAUCCAGCCCACGGUGGAGGCCCAUGCCAAAAUUAAUUGGAACAGUUUGAAUGUGGACCGUAGCCUGUGCCUGAACGUGAGCUAUCAGUACAGGACGUUGAUGCUGGCCAGGGCCUUGUUAUACUCGUUGCUGGCGAUGAUUGGUCUGUGGUAUGGGCGCCAUCGGGAUUCAGUGGAGCGGGCCGAGAAUCGUCGGGCACUGCUCGACGAACGGGUGCGAAGCACGAGCAUGAGGAUGAAAUCCUCCAGCCAGCUGGUAACGGCGCAUGAGGUGAUUGCCGAUUGGGUGCGCCGUCGAACGGCGACCAAAGAGGAGCUUGAGAUGGACGAGGCGACGCUCGACGCUGAGCUGGAGCAGACGGAGGGCUCCUAUUUUCCUUGGAGGACAUUCUUCUACUUUGCCCUGCCCUGGACGCUCACAUUUGUCGUCUCCGGAGUGCUCAAUUACGGCCGGCUCUAUUUCGUCAUCCAGCACUUUUGCCUCACCUACUGGCAGACGGUAUCGCUGUAUGUAAACAUCCAGAUGCUCUUCCUACGCCACAUGACAGCGGCCCUUGUGGAUGCCUGCUGGCGGCAGUUCUUCGGAUCUGUGGAUGAUCCCAGCUUCAAAAACAUCAACCACAUCACUUUCGAGACGCAUCUGCUGGCCACGGAAUGAGCUCCGUCCCCCCACACCUCCUGUUAGCAAUCAAAGAACGAUUCCAUAUUUUUUGCUAGGUCUCUCCUAGCCGUCCCGCCCACCACAAAGAGCAAAAGAAAAAACCACCUCUUGGCCAUAAAUAAAAGGCGUUUCGUAUCAACAAACGA